AUGGCUUCUGGAAACGCUGAUCGUCUUUACCCGCAUCGCCUGCCCUUGAAUCAUAGCCUCUCCGACCUCCUCACCCGCCUCCGCGACCACGGCCCCUACAAAACCUUGCCCUCCCCCCGCCGCAUCCGCGUCAUCUUCAACAAGACCCUCAUCGUCGACACCACCCGCGCCGUCCUCGUCUGGGAGCACGAGUGGUACCCCUGGCACUACAUCCCCGCCGCCGAGAUCCAAAACGCCUCCCUCACAACAAACGAUGCCCUCGCCACGCUCACCGUCGCGGAAAAGCCCGGCGUCGACGCCAAGUCAACGGACGUGAUUCGAUUCGAUGGCGAUGACAGCAGUUGGGGCCCGUUGGCUGGCCUCGUGAAGCUUCAGUUCACAGCAAUGGACUCCUGGCUGGAAGAAGACCUCCCCAUCUUCGGGCACCCAAAAGACCCCUUCAAGCGCAUCGACAUCCUCCCCUCCACGCGCCCCAUCGAGGUCCGCAUCGCCGGCAAGACCGUCGCCAGGUCCUCCUACGCGCAGCACCUCCACGAGACCAGCCUCCGCGUCCGCUACUACCUGCCGCUCGCCUCCGUCGUCGACCCGGCCAUCCUGCGCCCGAGCACCACGACGACGUACUGUCCGUACAAGGGCACGGCCGAGUACUACGACGUCGUGCUGGACGGGCAGGAGUACAAGGAUUAUGUGUGGUGGUAUCGGGCCACGCUGCAUGAGAGCGCGGCGAUUGCGGGGUUGAUUUCGUUUUAUAAUGAAAAGGUGGAAAUCUUUCUGGAUGGGAACAAGGUGGAGUGA